AUGGAUUUUAUGCACAGUGGACGCAACUGGAGAUUUGAUAAUGAUGGGAUGCGUGCCAGUCCAAGUAUUCGUCGUAGUAGUGGUGGUGGUAUUGGUCUUGUGAGAUCUGAGCAUGGCGCUUUUGUUCAUGACGGUGUUUCUAAAAACAUUGAAAAUAUAGAGAAGAAUUACACUUCUAAGAAUGUCAUUGCGAGUAGUGAGAUUAGCAGUGAAAGUCGUCCAUCCGCACUAACUCAAUGGACAGAGUGGAGUCAGCAGUCUUCUUUUAGUUGUAAUAGAGAUCCAUCUACUCUUUCUUCUGAGAGAACUUCGACGGCUGUUGAACGUGAGUUAUUACGCACAAAAGAAGUUUUGAUGCAGUAUAAGUCGUAUGUGGAGAAGCGUUUGAUGCGAUAUAUUAAAGAAUUAGAGGAUGACCGUACACAAAGAGAUAAAUUAUGUGAUCGUCUCAAACGUGAUAAUGUACUCCUUUUAGAAGAAUUAAAUCGCUUUCGCUCUGGAACUGCGGCUGCACAACGUACGAAGUAUCAGAAUUCUACAUUUCAAACAUUCCCUACUCGUGAGGAGUCGCUCCUUCAAGAAUUACAGAAGGAACAGGCAAGACGAGCACAACUGGAAGCCGUGCACGCCGAUACGGUUGCAAGACUACAACAACAAGUGGAUCAAUUCAAGCAAGAUCGGCAUUCUGGUGUGGAUGCACACACAAUUCAGAAUCUCCGCGAUGUAUUAACACAACGCGAUGAUGAGAUUCGACAAUUGCGAAAGUUAUACAGUCUUCCAUCAUCAGAGCCAACUGGAUCUGCACAACCAUCAACUGUGGGAGUAACAGGGAUAGAAGGAGAAAGUGUUGCUUUAGAGGUUCAACAAAUGGCAACAGAUGCUAUUGAAUUUAUCUCGGCUAUGAAUGAUGCCGCCAGUACCAUCACGAACAACAAUAACAACAACACAAAUACUCCUUUUGCUGCGAUAACUCAUACUACUAAUUCGGAUUCACAUACUAAUGUGGCUACCAUUGAAAGUAAUACUUAUUUUGCUGAUGUAGGACAUAUGUGGGAAGAUCUCUCUCGUCUCUCCACUUCUCCACUGGAUAAUGCAUGCAAUACACCAUACCGAUCCUCACAUCUUCUCUCUAUGGCGAGAUCACUACGAUGUACUCUGGAGGAGGAACAUAAUCAAAUAGCACUCUUUGUGCGAAAGAUACUCCGAGAAAAUGAAGAUCUAAACGUGCAGUUAACACGUGAACGACAUGAACGGGAAAUGGAGCGACAAACUGCCACAUAUCGUCUGAAUGAAGUGGAGGAAGAAUCAGCGGCAUUAAUACAACAGCUUCGACAACAAUUACACUUCACCACACAGCAGCGAGGUUCCUCCUGGUUGGGCCGUAAUAGUCAAAGUCUACAACGUGAACAAGAUAAAACUGCAUGGAUGAUGUUCUCAGACGAUACACAAAGAUGUGAUAUAGGUACACAGACUCUUCUCUCUGUGGAGCUUUCACAACUGAUGCAAAUGAAUAAAGGUCAGCAGUUAGUUUCUACCAGUAUAAGUAAUGAACAAUUUAUGAACCAAUUAUCGCAAGUAUUGUCUGAAAUGGAAAUUCUUGAACGUGAUAACGCUGAAAAAAGUAUACUUUUGGCACAGUUGCAACAACAACGUGAACGAUUUUUGGCAGGUGUGGAUACCGAAUUAGCUCAUAGUUUACCCACAAGAGCAUCCCUUACAUCUAAUUUUGGUCAGUAUCUACUGAGGUGA